AUGAAUUCAAUCGAUAGAGCUAAAGAACUAUUACAUGCAAUUAAAUCAAAAUAAUAAUCAAAUUUUGAUAAGGUUGCUCAAAUUGAAUUCAAAUAAAUCAAUUAUUAGUAACUGAACCAUAUACAAACUAAAAGUGAAAAUUUGAAUUCAAUUUAAAUUAAUGAUGAGCAAUAUUAGUACUAAACAAUUAUAUAAUAAUAAAAGAAAUUGGCAAAUCAUUUUUCAAAUCUAAUGAAAUUAUUCUAUGAUAUUGAAUAACUAUUUAGAAAUGGCUUAGAAGAAAAUUGUUUAGUUUAGGGCUUAAUAGGUUUAUAAAAUUUAGGCACUUAUAUGAUUAAAGAAUUUGAAAUCUUAAAAAAACUUUAAAAACCAAAGUAAAAUUAAUAAACAAAUCAUGUUAAUACUGAUUGUUUGGAAUUACAAAAAAUUUAUGAUGAAAAAAUGAGAAUCGAAUUAAUUUAGAUUUUACUGUUUAUCAAAUAGAAAGUUUAGAAUGAAAAGAUUAAACACAUGAAAGAAUCUAUAUACAAUAACGAUAUCUUGAUUUAUGAUUAUGGAAAUAUCAAAAAAAUCAAUCAAAUUAAUUAAAAGCUUUAAAUAGAUGGCCCUAUUAUUUAGAAUCAAAUAUAAGAUAGAUUAAUGAAUAUUAAAUAAAUGCUUAAAUAAAAGUAUUUGCUACUUUUGAGAGAUAAGUAACAAUUAAUUGAUAAAUCUCAAUAAUAAGAAUUAAUUCAACAUGCAUAAACACUAUAAAAUUUAUAAAAAAUAGAGUAUCGUGCAUCUAAUGUGAAAAAUUUUAUAGCAGAAGAAUAUCAAAUAUUAAAUUAAUCAUUAUAAUAAAUCAAACUAAUUGGAAUUGAUUUUAUUUAUAACUCAAUAAAUGAAAAUAGGAAUAUUAUAGAAUAUGAAAAAUAAUAAACAAAACCUUUAACAUACCUUGAAUCUAAUUCAGAAUUAGGAUAAAUUGUUAAAUCACAAAAUAAUAUUGUUGACAUUGAAAAAUUAAUGAAACAAAUUAAAACUUGGUGCAAACAUUCAAAAAUUAUAUAAUAUCAUGAUGAUUGUUCAAAUUAUAAUUUAGUUUAGUAAUGCAUAGAUUAAUUGAAAGGUAAGAAAAUGAUUAGAAUAAAAGAACUUGAUGAUUUGCGACAAUUAUUUAUGUAGAUUUAGAAAUUAUGA